GUCCAACAUGGCGAACGCUGGCAGUGGCUCUCUCGCGACUACUCUCUUUUUAUUCAUGUUUCAAGCGGCUCUGCACAAAGGAGCUGCACAGUACCCAGUGGUGAGUCAGAACCUGGUGACAGACAACGUGUCCGUGGUGGAGGGAGAGAUGGCGAUCAUCAGCUGUCGGGUGAAGAACAAUGACGACUCCGUUAUCCAGCUUCUUAACCCCAACAGGCAGACGAUUUACUUCAGAGACAUGAGGCCACUGAAAGACGCUCGCUUUCAGCUGGUGAACUUCUCAGACAACGAGCUGCGGGUGUCGCUGUCUAAUGUCUCCCUGUCUGACGAGGGUCGAUAUGUUUGCCAGCUCUACACAGACCCCCCGCAGGAAGCCUACGCUGACAUCACUGUCCUAAUCCCUCCAGGUAACCCCAUCAUCGAGGCCCGGGAUGAGGUCCUGAGUGAGGGCAACGAGACAGAGAUGACCUGCACUGCCAUGAGCAGUAAGCCUGCCGCCACCAUCAGAUGGAUGAAGGGAGAUAAGGAGCUUCCAGGGAAGCCCAAAGUCGAGCUGACCUACGACAAGAUGUACACAGUAACCAGCCGCCUGACAUUCACCGUGAGUAAGGAGGAUGACGGUGUACCAGUGGUUUGCAUCGUCGACCAUCCUGCAGUCAAGGACUUCCAAGCACAGAAAUACCUGGAGGUGCAGUACAAACCGGAGGUAAAGAUUGUGGUGGAAUUUCCUCAGGGUCUGACCAGGGAAGGAGAGAACCUCGAGCUGACGUGUCAGGCCAAAGGCAAACCCCAGCCAAAGCGGGUGAACUGGGUGAAGGUGGAUGAUGAUGUGCCCUCCCAUGCCGUCAUCACCGGUGGUGAUCUUUACAUCGAAAACCUAAACAAGUCCUACAACGGAACCUACCGCUGUGUGGCAUCCAAUUCAGUGGGGGAGUCUUACGACGACUACAUCCUCUAUGUCUAUGAUGCUCCCACCACCACCCCUAUACCCACCACAGCCACCACCACCACCACCACCACCACCACCAUCACUACCACCAUCUUCUACCCCGAAGCCAGUCAAGACACUGCGCCCAGCACUGAACCUGCAGCUCAUGAUUCUCGAGCUGGAGAAGGAGCACCCAGAACGGUGGACCAUGCAGUGAUUGGAGGGGUGGUGGCCGUGGUCGUUUUUGCCAUGCUCUGUUUACUCAUCGUCCUGGGGCGCUACUUCGCAAGACACAAAGGUACCUACUUCACACACGAAGCCAAAGGAGCAGAUGAUGCAGCGGACGCAGAUACAGCCAUCAUCAACGCAGAGGGUGGCCACACCAAUUCGGACGAAAAGAAAGAGUACUACAUCUAAUCAAAACAGGACCCCUCACUCUAGUGUCCUCUUUGGGACACCAAGCUGGUUUUGGGGCCGGGGAAGGGGUAGAGGGUUCGUUGGCGGAGGGAUUGGAGUUGAAUCAGGAUCACUUUUAGUGAGAGUAGAGGGGUCAAGGAGUAGAAGAGAAAUGGGUUUUUAAAGAAAGGCCUGGUUUUAAGCCGUUGUUUAGUCUAGUCUGCAGAUGUAGAUGGAAUGUUUUGUGUGUUAAAAAACAAACAAAAAAAAAUCAAAAUCAAAAAAGGAGAAAAAAAUGGGAGGAUUUGGGUUUUCAGUAAACUGAGAAGGGGAUGGGUUGGGGGUGGGAGGGUACGCCAGACGUUGCCAGAAAUCACUGUAGAGAGCUUCACCAUUCGACACCUCCCUUACUGCUGGUACGAAUUUUAUUUAGUUCAACCAUUUGCAGAAAAUUCUGUGCCUUGUUCUGAAAUUUUUGGUUCUACCCAUACUUCGGAUUUGUGUUGAUCCUCAUUUGCAUAACCGUGUUGCAACCCUUUUCCCGUUUCAUCCUUCUCACUUGUAAUUAUCAGCGUGCUGUCGGCUUUUGUAUGAGGGUAAAAUUACACAGCCACUUUAUUCAUUCUCCUAAAUGUACCUGCACACAUGCAUCCUCUCCCACGUAACAAAAAACUCUUUCCAGUAUACUGUGAUUCGUCUCAAGCCAUUUCUCCCCUCCCUUUUUUUUCCCCUAAAGUUUUGACAGCUCCAAAAAUGCAUGGAAUACUUUACAUAUCAUUGUACAAAGGACAUAUAUGAGAAACAGGUUGGAUAUCCUGUAUAUGCCCUCCCUGCCCCCACCUGAACAAAACCGCAUUCAAAGCAUAAUCAAAAUGAAGGCAAGUAAAGGAUAAUGUGGAAUGAACUUCCCAUAUUUUUGGGCCAAGUCGGCUUUUAAAUUCAUUUUUAGAAACCUCAUUUUGUUCUUCAGAGCAGAUAUACUGCCGCAUCUUAAACAAUUAUUUUUUUUAGUAAAGAGAAGUAGUACAUUACUUUUCCUCUCUGUGCUGCCAUUUUAUUAUAGUAAUUUCUUCCUCUGUAUUAUUUUUCUUCUGUUUGGCUGAAUGGUUGCCCCAUUCCCCCAGCGGCUUUUAUUGAUCUGCAAUGAUGAGAUUCAAUUGAUUUCCAUCUGUUCUCACUCUAGUAUAUAUUUUCUUACAAAAGGGAAAGUAAGAAAAUGCAAAUUUUUUUCAAACAUUUUUUGGCAGCCUCUGAGUUAAGAUGCCUCAGUGAUAAAAGGCUGUUGAAAAAAUAUUUGGUUUUAAUAUCGGCCAACCAGCAGCAAAAAAUAAAAGAUGCUGGUGUGUCGUACAUAACUUUGCUGAAAAAAGAAAAACAUCCUUAACCAAACUCCAAACUGAAACACAUUCAAAAUGAUGUUACUUUUGGGAAUACUUAAGCUGCACAAAACAUGAAGGAGGUCAGGGCAGCCCAGGUCCACGCAUCAGCGGCUUUCAUGUUAUUUCAUAGACUCACAAUCCAAUGUAAAUCAAGCCAAUGGAAUCACAGCUGUAUUGUACACUAAUCCUUACUAAGAAACAUUUUUUACAACUUAUAAGAAUUACAAUGGAGUACCUUUGUGGAUUUUAUUGUAUCACGGUCAUUGUUAGUUUUGUCAAAUUGUAAAACAAGCAGAUGUUUGGGAAAGUUAAUGUCUUCAAACUGUAAUGAUCUGAGAGACAGGUCAGUCUUUCUGCUUUCAUCACACCUUCUAAAUAUAUAGCCUAUGGUUUUGCUUUGAUACAGCAGCUCGAGCGCUUAAAAAAUUGAUAUUUUUUGCAUGUCUGUACAUGCGUAAACCCAUUCUUUCUGCUCCUCUAUCUUGCUUUAUGUAUUAUCUGCCAAACUGAAUGAGGAUCUGUUUUGCUGUGCCAGCUGGGGAGCGCUGUGGAAUGCCAAAAUAAUUAAUUGUUUGUAACAGAACUUAAUACACAUGUUGUGCUCCGUGGCGUUAAUCCAUGGUUUGCAUUAAUGCCCUGGCUUCUUAACAUGGCAAUGAGGGUCUAUUGAUGGCAUUAUUUGUCAUUAUUAUGUGUUCACACAGCAAGCAGCUCACUUAAUGAGUCCUUACUCUAUGUGAUAGCUGUGGGCGGAGUGAGGUGGAGGUCUAGGAUGCAGUGUGCACGUUCAACAUUUGAACAGGCAAAGCGUGAAUAUUUCAUAGCUUUGUGCAGCAUAUCACAUCAUUCUGAACAUUUUAUCAACACAAGUAAUAAACCUAUCAUUAGCCCAAACACUGGAUUCAACCAGGCCUCAAGUAUUAUUUUUUUAAGGCGCUUAUUCCCGUGGUUUUCCAAAUCAAAGUUACUCUUCAGUUGAUAAGCUAGAAUCAAUGGGACAAACCAAUUCAUAUGAGUAGAGGAAAAAAAGUGUUGAUUAGUUGCCUGCUUAAGUCAUUUAACUUGACCCUCCACAUACUUCUGAGUGUAAAACUAGAUGAGGUGAAAUGAUACACAUUCCUUUAAAUUCAAAACCUCCCAUGUUUGCUUCUUUUUAACACAAUAUAUCGUGAUGUAACAACAGUGACUUUUUUGGGAAAAAGAUGUAAGUGUCAGUAAACAUUAUGGAGAACUCAACAGCCAAACAAAUACACCCCUCCCCUCAGUGCUCCUUUAUAAGCCCCCCCCCAAUUAAUGGACGCGCAUUGCCAAGGCAACGACACUAGCAGCUGGGCUAGGUGACCAAAAGAGAAAUAUGGCGGACUCCAGACCAUCUGCUGCCGGAGGGAAAGUUAGCUUCAAUAAGGAGAAGCAAUUUUUAUCACUAUGAAAAUACAGGUGGCAUAUGAUUUUUUUGUAGCACUGUAGAAAAUGUGUCAAUAGGCCUGCCAACGUUUAAAUAGGUGUCGAAGCCAAAUACUUAUCUAAGCCAAAGUAUAAUUUGAGGAGUAGCUUAGCCUAUGUAUCGGUAACAUAAUCACUAGUAACUUCAACAGUAAAAGUAACUUAUACUCUACAGUCAGUGAUGCAUGGAGCAAUGAUGUUUUCUAGGAAUUCUAAAAGAACAAGGAUGAAAAUAAUAGGGCAGGUAUGUAUCUGUGACGUUAUUUAGAUUAUCUUCUUACUAUGGUGUAAUUCCACAGGAGGAGCACAUAGGCGGGAUGAGUAACGUUACACAGGCGAAGACACGUAAUUCCAAGGGUGAUAGUGUGAGGUCUGCCGUAGCAAGUAAAAUACUUUUAUACCAAGUCAGCAAGUUAGCUAAUAACUCCAAUGUUAUUUACAUUUCGUUACUAUCAUGAUGUAGCUCCGUUCCUCGAGGGCUAGGAAGUGGGAGAGGUCAAACUGCAGCUGGUUUCUGCUGGCUGCCAUGUGCACGAACACAAACGCCCGCUGUGGCUGAAAUAGUGUUUUGUGCCUCGGUCCAAGCCACUGUGUUUGUUUCCCAUUUACAGAGCCAGGGUUGUGUAGUAACUCCAGAUUUUUUCGUAGCGCACACACAAGGACGGACAGUUAGUGGACAGUGACCAGAUAUUUCCUGAAUUUGACAAAAAGUGUAUUGGAUUAGAACCGCUGACUGUACCUUUAAUUAGAAAGAAGGCAUAAGUACCAUGUUUUAGCUAAGUCAUAGGAAUUUAGGUGGUGCAAAUAAAGAAAACAUAGGCCGAAUCCAUCCACCAGUUUGACAGCAGAUAAUGUGGCAAAAGGAAACACCCUUUAAAUAUAGAAAACACAAGGAAAUACAGAAAUGCUGCAAGUUGUACUAUAAACAAAAGACAUUUGCAGGAAACUGCUAAGUAUGUUGUCAGUGAUUUUUGAGACUGAGCUAACAAUAUUUGUUAUACUUUUAGCAUUAUGAACAUGUGAUGCAGAUAUUAUUGGAAAUAUUGCUAUAGACCCACUAGUGUAAGUCUACUACGUACGAGGAUGUCAAUCCAUUUUCCUUACCCCGCGAAAACGUCUAUUGUUUUGCAGUUUUGAUGUUUUUGAUUACUGUCAGCAUUCCUGUAUUUGCUUGUGUUUUCUGUAUUUGCAGUACGUUUUUAUGCCUCGUAUGUGCUGUCAAAUUGGGUUCUGUGUGUUUUCUAUGAAUGUGACCUUUGUGUUGUCACAGUGGCAAAGGUCUUUUCUUCAUUUGCUUGUGUUUUGAAUAUUUGCUUGUGUUUCCUUAAGUUGGACUGCAUUGCACUCUCCUCACCACUGUAACAGUAACAGAUUCAUCUGAUUUCACGCAGGAAAUUCCACUGAACACCACUUUUACACCCUUGUAUUGGAAAUUAAUGGAUUCUACGGAGUUGCUUGCCAUGUGUACACUCACAUCUAAGAUUCAAUACUUUAUUGCCAUGUUAAAGCAUCUGAUUGGAUUUUGUGAAUGUGCAACUCAGAGUGCAACACAUUACCAAUGUGAUAGCUUUAAUAUAUCAUGGUCAUGCAUGAAGACAGAAUUCACUCUUUCCAUAUUGAGAUUGUGGGUUUCGGGUUGUCCAAGGCAUUUGAGAAGGUUAUUGUUAAAUGGAUUGUGCAAACAUAACUUUUCAGAGCACAACACAUUUGUGCGUUUUAAAGUCAUGAAAUAUUUUCUCUGCAAUUUUAGAAGGUAGCAGGUGGGCUUUGUGGAGCUGUGGACAUAUUUUUAGCUUUUCCUUUGGAUGUGGCAGUUGUAGAUGGCAGUUGCAGGAGGGAUUUUGAAGACGAAGAUCAAAGAUGCUGUGUCCAAUUCUCUCCAACUGUUUCCUCUUCUGUUAAAACUUGAGUUGAUUAAAAGUUCUGUACUCAGAAAGGAAUUACCACUAAGUUAACACUGUAUGCUGAUGACACUGUUUUGUGUUUGUUACGUGGAUGGGUGGGGGUGGGUCAGGGUACUGAUUAGGUUCGAUGUUAUAUGGUCUGGUGUCUGAUAAAACUAUUAACUGACUUGUUAUCGUUGCUUUAUGAAUCACAGAGCAGAUGUCACUUCAUCUGUAAGACUGAGAUUGUGUGAUUUGUAUUUUACAGUGAGCACUAUUUCGCUUCAGUGACAUGUGGCAGCUUCCAUUUAAAUCAGAUUUCAAAACAUGUACUUGCCAAUAAAGGAAUAGAAGUGAAAAUUGUCUUCUCCCUUAAGGCUGAUGCAUUAAUAUUUUAUUUGUGAAUAUUAAACCUUUUGUGGGUUGGAGUGGCAGGAGUGUUUCUCUAAAUGUUUUUCAUACAAUAAGAUUUUCUGUUCUUCCAAAGUUCCAAUUUAAAAAGUAACAAGAACAAAUCAUCAUAAAAAUUACAUUUGAGUAGGUUUACUUAUUCAGAAAUGGUGAGGAUUCAAUUUGAAAUACAUAGCAGAAUAAUAGUUUUAUUUUCUAUUAAACACCCAGUAAAGUAAAAGCAAAAAUGGAUUUCGGUCUUACAGUGUAACUGAUGUAAUUUUCUCCACAUUAAAUUCUUUGGAUAAUGUCCUGUCUCAGGUUCAUGCGUUGCUGACUGAUGUGACUGCAUCUCAGGUAGAAUGCAAAGUUUAGGCCCCACCUAUCAGUGACAUAAAAGCAAGUACAAUGCAUCCUCAUCAAAUCAAGUGCAACACAUAAUUUUAGAUCCAAGAGGCAAAAUUGGUGAGAUAUUUUGCAUAUAUGUUGUACAUGUUUUCUGUGUUUUUCUUAAUAUUUGGUGCACUGUAAAAGAUGUGUUAAAUAUUGCUUUGUGUUGGCAUAGGUCAUAAAGAGUACACUGUUUAUUGGAAUGAAGCAGGAUCAGAAACUUGUUGUGGCUGUACUACUGUCACUUUCAACACACCACCGCCUAUAGAAACUCGUUUGGUUCCCAGAAAGUUUUGAUUGUUUCACCAGUCAUUGUUUUAGAUUGAUUCUUUUUGUCUCUCUGCUGUUCUUGGGAAAUGUUUAUGUGUAUUAAUGGAGAAAAGGAGUUCCACAUUCCCAUACAUAUUUUGUAUUGGUUCAUAAAUAGACAUUUUUACAAAACAAUGAAGAGUUCUUGUCUUAAUAAAAAAGA